ACUGCCCACAAACAUGGCGGCGCCCUGCUCAGCUUCUCCCCGCCGGGGCCGCAGGGCAGCGCCAGCCUUGCCAGUACUCGGGGACUUCCUCCGCGAGCCGGCUUCCUGCACGGCUGGCAUUUAAACCCGCGCCUGGGGCUGCGGGCUGCGGCUGCAGAUGCUGAGCUGUCCGCGGGCUGGGCAGCGCCGCCGCCUCCUCUGAGCCUCCGGGGUGGGCGGGAGCAGAUUCGAAGCAUCCCUUUACUGCACUCGAGCCAAAGUGGGAGAGAGCUGGGGGAGACCGGGGGACCCGGCAUCUGACAUUUUAAUUGCAGGUUUGACUUUUUUCCCAAGAUCGCAGCUCUCCCGCCCAACCUAGAUAUUUCUCCUCUCUCCGGCCUUGGUUGCUGGAUGAAGCCGGGGCUGGGCUUGGUCCCAGGAGCAGGGGAAGAGCGCGUUCGCGGUCCCACGCCGUCGACCCGGGGACCCCCGAGCCCUGCGUCCUGGCCAUGGUGCGGCUGAGCCCGGCGCUCCGGUGAGGCUGCGGCGCGGUUGGGAGCCCAGCGGGCCCUCCCUGCGGGACACCUUCCCCAAGGACCCGGGGUCGCCGACUCCAAGCCCUCCUGCUGGGACUGCGCACCGGGGGCGAGCAGGCGAGUGGUGGCCGCGAUGUUCAGCUGGCUGCGCUCCGAUGACCGCCGGAGGAAGGACCCCGAGGUCUUCCAGACCGUGAGCGAUGGGCUCAAGAAACUCUACAGGACCAAGCUGCUGCCCCUGGAAGAGCACUAUCGCUUCCAUGAGUUUCACUCUCCUGCCCUGGAGGAUGCCGAUUUCGACAACAAGCCCAUGGUGCUGCUGGUGGGCCAGUACUCCACCGGGAAGACCACCUUCAUCAGGUAUCUCCUGGAACAGGAUUUCCCAGGUAUGAGGAUUGGGCCUGAGCCGACCACUGACUCCUUCAUUUCGGUGAUGCAAGGCGAGGUGGAGGGCAUCAUCCCUGGGAACGCCCUGGUGGUGGAUCCUAAGAAACCUUUCAGGAAACUGAACGCCUUUGGCAAUGCCUUCUUGAACAGGUUUGUGUGUGCCCAGCUGCCCAACCCCGUGCUGGAGAGCAUCAGCGUCAUUGACACACCAGGCAUCCUCUCUGGAGAGAAGCAGAGGAUCAGCAGAGGGUACGACUUCGCUGCCGUCCUCGAGUGGUUCGCCGAGCGGGUGGACCGCAUCAUCCUGCUCUUUGACGCCCACAAGCUGGACAUCUCCGAUGAGUUCUCGGAAGUCAUCAAAGCCCUCAAGAACCACGAGGACAAGAUGCGAGUGGUGCUGAACAAGGCCGACCAGAUCGAGACGCAGCAGCUGAUGCGGGUGUACGGGGCCCUCAUGUGGUCCCUGGGGAAGAUCGUCAACACGCCCGAGGUGAUCCGGGUCUACAUCGGCUCCUUCUGGUCUCACCCACUUCUCAUCCCAGACAACCGGAAGCUCUUUGAGGCCGAGGAGCAGGACCUGUUCAGAGACAUCCAGAGUCUGCCCCGAAACGCUGCCCUGCGCAAGCUGAAUGACCUCAUCAAGAGAGCCAGGCUGGCCAAGGUUCACGCCUACAUCAUCAGCUCUCUGAAGAAGGAGAUGCCCUCCAUGUUCGGAAAGGACAACAAGAAGAAGGAGCUGGUGAACAAUCUGGCUGAGAUUUAUGCCCAGAUUGAGCGGGAGCACCAGAUCUCACCUGGGGACUUCCCCAACCUGAAGAGGAUGCAGGACCAGCUACAAGCCCAGGACUUUAGCAAAUUCCAGCCCCUGAAAAGCAAGCUGCUGGAGGUGGUGGAUGACAUGCUGGCUCAUGACAUUGCCCAGCUCAUGGUGCUGGUGCGCCAAGAGGAGACCCAGCGGCCCGCCCAGAUAGUGAAGGGCGGAGCAUUCGAGGGCACCCUCCACGGCCCCUUCGGGCACGGCUACGGGGAGGGGGCCGGGGAGGGCAUCGAUGAUGCCGAGUGGGUGGUGGCCAGGGACAAGCCCAUGUACGAUGAGAUCUUCUACACCCUGUCACCGGUGGAUGGCAAGAUCACAGGUGCCAAUGCCAAGAAGGAGAUGGUGCGCUCCAAGCUGCCCAAUAGCGUGCUGGGCAAGAUCUGGAAGCUGGCCGACAUCGACAAGGAUGGCAUGCUGGAUGAUGAGGAGUUUGCACUGGCCAACCACCUCAUCAAGGUCAAGCUGGAGGGGCAUGAGCUGCCCAAUGAGCUGCCCGCCCACCUUGUACCCCCCUCCAAAAGGAAGGCCACCGAGUGAUGGGAGGCGAGGAGGUCCAGAGCAGGCAGGUGUUAGAGGAGAUGGGAGAGGCGAUCUCUUUCUCACACACACACACAUACACACACACACACACACAC